AUGGGCGUGGCGGGGCAAGUGACCGCUGCUGCGGCUAGCAGAGCCUGCGUGCGUGCCGCGCAGUCCACCGGGCGGCGCAUCGGGGCGCGGAGGGCGUCUGUAGGGCGCGGCAAGUACGUGUGUGCAGCUUCCGGGGGCAAGGACGGGACGGACAGGUUCACCGACGUCGUUCUGGAGAAGAAGCGGCAAGAGAUGGCUGAGAAGCGCGCCAGCGAGGAGUCGGUGUCCUUCGAGGAGGCGCUCCGGAUGAAGAAGGGGCAAGCGCGGGCGCGCAAGAGGAAGGCGCAGGUCAACGUGAACGCGCCGGAGGUCGACAAGGCCUACAAGACCGCCCCCGAGGACCGCCCGAUCGAGUCGCAGGCCGAGGCGGCGUACCUCCAGUUCCUCACCGCGUACUUCGUCGGGAUUCUCGCCAUGGGGGUGUUCCUCGGGGGCUCUGGGUUCCUCUCGGACGAAGCUGACCGCAUCGCACAGGACUUUGUUUACCCGGCGUUCUCGCCGGUCGUCGGCGGCUUCCUCUUCUUCUCGUCCUUGUACGGCAUCUACAAGGCCUACGGCCCCGGGCGCGCUCCAUAG